AUGCUCCGCCUACCCUCCAUCUUCCUAGCCCUAUGCUGGCAUAUCCUCAGCGUGACCUCCGCCGCCGUAUCUCAAAAUUCACGAACCCAAUGCCAAUUCAGCGGCACCCAUUGUCCAUCAGGAACAAUCCUCGUGUCAGCAACCGACUCUCGCGCAGAUUACACAACAAUCCAAAGCGCAAUCAACUCUCUUCCAAAUGAUACCUCCUCCCACACAAUCCUCAUCCUCUCAGGCACCUACAAAGAACAACUCAACGUAACCCGUCCCGGCCCCCUCACUCUCCUAGGCCAGACCAACUCCCCGCAUGACGCCGCCCAAAACACCGUAACAAUCACCUGGGCCGCCGCCAACCUAGACUCAACAGGCCAAAGCGUCGACAACGUCUACUCCAGCGUCCUGAUAGUCUCACCAACUCUCGAUGCCAGCCUGACCGGCUCAGGAACAACCGGCUUCGCUGUGCCCGAUGAUACACCUUUCGGAAACAAGGACUUCCGUGCGUACAACAUCGACUUCACAAAUACCUGGGCCGAGUACUCAGACGGCCCAGCACACGCCCUCAGCUUUAGUCGCGCAAACGGCGGAUUCUACUACUGCGGAUUCUACUCCUAUCAAGACACUGUCUACAUCGGCAAGCUUGGGAACGCCUACUUCUAUAAGUCCACUUUAGCCGGCGAAACCGAUUUCCUCUACGGCUUCGGCACAGCAUGGAUCCAAUCCUCUGAUGUUCUCCUCCGGGGCUGCGGAGGUGGGAUUACAGCGUGGAAGGGAACAAACACCACGUUUGAGAAUAAGUAUGGCGUUUACAUUGUCGAUUCGACGGUGAAGGCUGCGAAUUCCUCUAUCGCGCCGGAUAUUAAGGGUUCGUGUGCGUUGGGCCGGCCGUGGAAUUCGGAGCAUAGGUCUAUCUUUGCGGACUCGUAUGAGGAUGGGAGUAUUGAUGCGAGUGGGUAUAUCAAUUGGGUUAUUAGUGGGGUGGGGAGGUAUGAGCAGGGAAUUACGCUGAUGGCGGAGUACAAGACUUACGGACCUGGUUUUAAUGCGACUGGGAGACGGGUUGGGAAUGUUACAACAGUCCUGGACAAGAAGGGGUAUGCGCCGUAUAGUGAGCCGAAAAAGGUCUUCCAGAAUCAGAAGGGUGUGUUUGGGGAUGUGAGUUGGAUUGAUUGGGAGACUGUUUCUGCCUAG